AUGAACCCGUAUCGUCUCAAUGACUCGGCCGACGACCGGUCAGAAUACUCCCUGUCGGGACCGCCGCCCUCCGUGCCCCCCAAGGAGCCUCUCGUCCUCGACCUGAAGGAAGCCCUCGGCCUGCCACCUUCAACCGCCAACACAGCCCGGUCCGCCUCGAUCCGGGCCGCCUCGCCUCCUCGCAGCCAUUACCAAGAGCCCGUGUCCGUGUCGGUGCUGACGUCGCCGCCGCCGCCGCCGCCGCCGCCGCCGCUGUCCCCGUCCGCCUGGCCGCGGCAGCCUCCCCUCUCGGCCCCCUCGUCGGCGCACGCGCCGUACCUCGUCCCGCACGCGCCGCACCUCGUCCCGCACGCGUUCCCGCAGCGGACCGUCGCCAUGGCCCAGUCGUCCAAGGCGCACACGCAGUGCCUGCAGCUCUGCAGCGACGUGGCCGCCGCCGGUGACCGCGUCGCCGAGCGGCUCGCCGAGUACGCGACGCUCGCCAAGCACCUCCCCCACGGCUUCGACGCCCUCGCCAACGACCUGCUCGACAUGUGCCAGGUGCUCUUCCUCAUCGAGGCCGGCCUCAACGAGGCGGCGCGCAACGGCCAGUCGCUGCCGCUCGACAUGAUCACGGUGCUCGACAAGAAGUUCCGCACCGCCCAGGCCGACUUCAAGGUGCUCGACCAGAUCGUCGGCAAGCAGCUCGACUACGAGCGCCAGGGCGCCAUGGGCCGCAUGCGCCGCGGCUUCGGCAAGAUGUUCGGCGACAACAGCGUCGAGCGCGUCGCCCUCGCCCUCUCGCGGUCGCGCGAGGACCUCAAGAUGAGCGCCUACAUGUUCCAGUGGAGCGUCGGCGCCGACAAGGUCGAGAGCGCCCUCGGCAUCGGCUACAUCGGCCUCGCCGCGGCGCUCGAGACGUCGGACCUCCGCCGCAAGCGCGCCGUCUCGGUGGCGUCGGAGGAGCGGACGUCGUACGUGCGCCACCAGCGGAGCCUCGAGAACACGCGCCUCGCCGACCUGUCGUCGCAGUCGCCGACGCUCCUCCAGCCGCCGCUGAUGCAGCCCAAGGGCUCGCCCUUCGGCCACGAGUCGGUCAGCGGCGACAGCGCCUUCGGCGGCCACGGCCACGUCGGCCACGCCGGCCACGUCGGCCAGGAGAGCCCCAACACGCGCUACACGGGCAGCUCGGCCGGCAGCUCGUACGACGGCCGGCAGUCGCACUCGGUGUCGCGCAAGACGGCCGGCGGCUACGAGGAGAGCCACCGGAGCGCGGCGGCCGAGCCGAGCCGCGAGUCGAGCCGCGAGCUCGACGCGCUCCUCGCCGACAUCGCCAACCUCGACCUCGACAGCUCCAAGGUGGUGCACGUCAAGAGCGAGCCGUACACGAUGCCGCGCAAGCGGCCGCGCACCACGGCCGACGCCGACAAAGUCAACGUCAAGCACGCGCUCGUCUCGGCCAUCCGCGCGCGCGACCACAAGCUCAUCGGCCAGCUCCUCGACCGCGGCGUCUCGCCCAACACGGGGCCGGAGCUGCACGCGCUCAACGAGGCGGUGCUCGCCCAGGACGCCGAGAGCGUCCGCCUGCUGCUCCUCUACGGCGCCGACGCCAACGAGACGGACCAGGACGGCGUCAGCCCGCUCGUGGCCGCGGCGGAGAAGUCGUUCCUCACGGGCGCCAUGGCCCUGCUCAAGUACGGCGCCGACCCGAACCAGUCGUCGGGCCCCGAGCUCGAGACGCCGCUCGUCGUGGCCGUCGUGGCCAACAACCUGCGCCUCGGCCAUCUGCUGCUCAUGUACGGCGGCAGCGCGAACCAGUCGACGGCCGACGGCGACACGCUGCUCGUCGGCUGCAUCAACAAGAAGACGCCCAAGAAGCUCGUCGACCUGCUGCUCGACUACGGCGCCGACGCGAACAAGAAGAACCGCGAGGGCAAGACGGCCCUCUUCGAGGCCAUCACGGCCGGCCGGCUCGACCUCGUCGGCAGCCUCCUCGACCACGGCGCGAACCCGAACCUGCCGGGCCCCAAGCACAUGCUCUGGCCGUCGACGUACCAGCCGCCCAUCCUCAAGACGCUGCUCGAGCACGGCGCCGACUUCAAGAAGGCGCCGGGCGUCAUGGAGCUUGCGACGAGCAUCAACAACAUCGAGUCGAUCCGCAUCCUGCUCAAGGCCGGCGUCGACCCCAACGCCAAGAAGGACGGCGUCUACACGCCGCUGUGCUCGUCGAUCCGCGACGACCGCAGCGACAUCUUCCAGCUGCUGCUGAGCAACGGCGCCGACCCCAACUGCCCGGCGAGCGAGUACCCGGCCUUCAAGUGCGUGACGCACCACCGGGUCCACUUCCUGCCGGCGCUCGUCGCCGCCGGCGCCAAGCUCACGUCGCCCAAGGGCAUCCUCGAGACGGCGGUGACGUCCAACAACCCCGAGGCGCUGCGCUGGCUGCUCGACCGCGGCCUCGACCCGGACGAGAAGAGCGCCAAGGGCCACACGCCGCUGACGAGCGCCAUCCGCGACAACCGCGUCGAGUUCGUCGAGCUGCUGCUCGGCCGCGGCGCCAACCCCAACGUCCGCGGCCAGGACUGGCCCGUCUGCAUGGCGGUGCGCAACCCCGACAUCCUGCGGCGCGUGCUCUCGGUCCUGCCCGAGCCGCGCGCCUUCAAGGGCGUCAUGGAGAUGGCCGUCGUCGCCAACCAGCUCGAGUCGGUCAAGCUGCUGCUCGCCGCCGGCGUCUCGGUCGAGGACCGCAACGGCGGCGUCUUCUCGCCGCUGACGACGGCCAUCCGCGAGUACCGCACCGACAUCGUCUCGUACCUCAUCCGCGAGGGCGGCGCCGACGUCAACGCGCCGGGCGAGCACCUGCCCAUCGUCAAGUCGCUCCGGCGGCUGCAGGAGGACAGCACCGAGAUCAUCGACCUGCUGCUCGAGAGCGGCGCCGACCCGAACAAGGUCUACCGCGGCUGGAACGGCAUCAUGCAGGCGCUCGAGAACGGCGACGCGGCGAUGCUGAAGAAGAUGUGCAAGAAGGGCGUCAACCUGGACGUCAGGGACGAGCUCGGCCGCUCCGUGACGGAGAUUGCCAUCUCGCGCCGCUGGGAGGAGGCGGUGACGAUUCUCAUGGCGAGCCCGCGCCUGCAGCCGGCGCUCGAGUGA